AUUUUUACCUUUGCUGUUUUCAUUCACGUGUUCCAGUCAAAUGCGAUUUUAUAUGCGAAUAUCAAAGUAUCCGGGUGUUUGAUAUUUUUAAUGAAAACGUAUAUAAUUGAUGUAAAUCUUUUCCAGAGCGUAUCCUAUGCUUGUAAAUACCAGUUGACACGACCUUAGACCUUCGUGAUGAGGAAGCAAAAACGACAUUGAACAUCAGCUGUUGAUUUCUUCAGAGUGAUGGAUGGGGAGUAUUCAUUACUCGGGGUCAUCUUGAAAGGAGAUAAUUCAGCAAAGGAUGAUGGUAGAUGUUUGGGAGCGAUUAAGCUGUUCAAUUCACAAAUUCGUGAAUUUACUUUGGAAAAGUUUAGAGAUGUUAUGAAGAAGCAGCUGAUAUGUUUUGUGGAAAAUCUUCAAUUUUGUACAAAAGAAGGGUGGGGAAUCCGAUCUGGAUUGGAAAAUAUCUUGAAAGUUGGGGACAUUUUAUCAGAAGAAAAAACUAUACACGUCCAAUGGAAUCAAUGUGAACCAAAGAUUGCUGUACGGACCGCUAGUGGUGUGGUAAUAGGUUUUGUGUUUUGCGGUUUACAGUCCAAGCUCAGAGUUCUGAGAUCUCUGAUUACUGACCAGAUUUAUGAUGAAGGCAGAGCAUCCACGCAAGAAUUCCACUUUGUUGAACAGAAUGGCUGGCCUGUUAGUGCUAAGCAAGAGAACAGUCUUUCUGUUUUGGAUGUGUGUAACGGAAGCCAUGUCACCAUCAGUACAGAGCGAGUCCUGUUGACACAGACCAGAGUCUCUCCAGAGACUGACAACUUACCCUUCAACGCCAGCACUGCCAAUAAGUACCAAUCUACAGUAACAACAAUAUCCAGAAAGAGACAUCUAUCGUUCCGGUCUAGUAAAGACUUGGAGAGGAUAUCCCCAGCAGACUCCAGCGUGGGGGACGUGACAGGGUCGGUCAAGCAGAUACUCAUCAGCUAUGUGAGGGCAGAGGCAGCACAGCAUGCACUGAGGCUCAAACAAGAGUUAUCUGCCCUUGGAUUCACUGUGUAUUUAGAUGUGCAUGAGAUUCGGUCCGGACUGGACUGGCAGGACUCUCUGAACUAUGCUGUCAGUAACUGUGAGUUCUUUGUUCCUCUGGUCACACCAAAGUAUGGCGAGACUCAGUGGACCAACAGAGAGGUAAAGCUGGCAGAUGUCCUUGGAAAGUUCAUUAUCCCAGUCAACUUUCUGGAGAACUGGCCACCUAAAUGCUUGGCAAUACAGUUUGCUACUACCCAGUACAUUGAUUGGAAAACCCAGACUCAAAUCAAUGCUGAACUAUCUGAAGGCUCAACCACAGCAACAGAUAUCAAAGUCUGGGACCAAGGACACAUCAGAUUGGUAGCCUGUAAAAUCAAAGAGCUUCUCAACAAAGCCAGGGAAAAGGCUCAGCUCAAGAAGAUGUCAUUAGUGAAAAGAAAAACAGUGGUAAAAAGCUGUACUCUGGUUGAGGAGAAUAACGAGCAGGCUUCCCAGUGUAACCGUGAUGGAUGUCCAUUGGUGGUCAUCUGUGUUCACAUAAACCAGAGGGAACUGGGUGUUGAGUUUGCUGAAUUCAUCAGGGGUAUGGGUUAUGAAGUAUGGUGUACAAACACUGGAAACUCAGAGCACGGGCUUGACUGCGGUGGGUGGGGUGUGGAGGAGAGGGAGACCUUUCAGGAGAAGGCGGAUGAUGCUGGUGUCAUUAUCGCUGUGUUAUCGCCUGACUUCAUUCACUCCAGGACCUGCCAACAACAGUUAUAUUACUGUGAGCAGAGGAAGAAGGUAGUCCCUCUCCUGAUGGAGAACGUACAGAUUCCCAGCUGGCUGGAGCUGAUGCUGCACUCCAACACUUACACUUGUGUUGACAAGGGAGAUUAUCAGGACCAUUUGCCCACACUUCUACAAAAGUUGUUGGACCCCAAAGCAAGACAGAGCCCGAAUGCAGAAUUGGAUGAAGCAAGGAUAUCAUAUGCAGUCAAGCAGCUGAAGAAACUCCUGAGGAGCAGUUUAUGUAUCUAUAUAUGUGGACCCACUGUGUGUGAUAACAUUAACACAAAUACCAUCAAAGCUCUUGGACAGGUGCUCUGUAAGUUUGAUGAUGUCACCGUGGUAACAGGGGGAGGAUACAACACAGAGUAUCUGGUCAGUCACGCUUUUCUGCAGGAGACUCAGAAGUCACUGAAAUCCCACAGGGUGUGGCAUGUCCUCCCUGAAAGAGAGAGAAAGGACAGGACCAAAGAUUACCCCCAGAACAGUGAUGGAACAUUCCAGGUGAUAUCCUUUGGACAGACCUAUUUCUGUGGGAACAGUCUGGAGGAGAGGGAUCAGAUUGUCUCCAAGGCCCUCGACAUUUGUCUUCUGGUCAUUGGAGAUGCAGACUUGAAAUCUGUUAAACUUGCACAGAAAUUCUCAUGGAAUGACCACUACGUAAUUCCAUUUGUUAUUAAUAAAAAUGUGGAUUCAUCUUUCACUUGGCAGCUUUCGCAGGGGAUUUCUACAGAAGAUUGCCAGGCCUUGAACGACACAGAAAAAACGGUAGAAGCGAGGGCAUCAGUGCUCCGUGAUGUUCUGAUCCGGGUACAGGUCAAUCUUGAGUUGGAGCAUGGAGAGGAGGCUAGUCAGGAAGUCGAAAUGUCACCCCCCAAGAAAGUUCCACGUGAAUCAUCCUCAAAAUGUGGGGGUACCAGCUCCAAAAAGACAACACUGAAAACUGUAAACACCAUUAUACUGUAAUGCAUGUAAUGUGUUUUUGAGAUGCAUAUAUCAUGUUAUGGUGCUAAUAUUACAUGUAAUUUUGAUGCAGCAAUUACCUAUGCAUUUAUUACACUUUUAGUGUUUGUUUACAUUAUAUGGUAACAAAAAGCCAUCUUUAGUAUAUGUACAGUACAUUUACUCUGAAGGUUAUUUUUACAUACAAUUUUAUCCAUAAAAGUCGGCAAAUUACAACUUUAAUACAUUCCAUGAACAUUGAAAUUUUACAAGAACAUACAUGUAUUACUUAGUGGGUUUUUUUAUAUUGUACAUGUAUAUGCAUUACGUCAUCUUUUUUGUCUUUAUGCAAGUAUGUACAUUGUAUUAUCCUUUAUUCAACAAUAAAUUCUGACACACGAAGGAGUCUGUUUAUUGUUAAUAACAAAUGAUUUGGACUUAAAUUUGUCGUAAACAUUAAAAUCAAGUAAUUUUUCACCCCGAAAUGUUAGCUUACAGGGUGUACAAUGUGUAAAGCUCCAAAAUUUUUAUAAUCUUUGUAGUUUGAUUUCCACGUUACAAUUUGUAGACUAAGGCCAAAAACAAUUAAUGAUUUGUUUCUCAGGCACUGCCGCAUCAUUAAAAUCAUCGCUGCAUCAAACUUUGUUAUCGUUAUUUUUCCGGAUUUUUCAUAUCUUAUCAUUGUCGGUUUUCUCUAUUAUGGAAUCCGUGUAAAAAAAACGCUCAGAAACCUGCCUGCCUCAUCAAAAUUUUGGCCCGAGAAACUAAUAAUUAAUUUUUUUUGGCCUAAAUUAGAAUCUUUUAAAAUCCAAACUUUAAAUAUUUGCCAUAAUUCUGGUCAUGUAUACAAGGUUAUUUUUCGCCUUUGUUCACUUGCAAAGAGUUUUGCCCUGUCUUGAAUUUGCCUAGACAAAGUUGUAUUUAACAAUAAUUUGAAUCGUUCGAAUUCGCCCAGUCUUAAACUCGCCCACAGACAAUGAAUGCAAAAGGGGCAAAAAAACCAACGGAGGCAAAUAUUUUCCUGUAUACAGUAAUGACAUUAAAAUUAUGGACAUUUCCUUUGGCAUAUCCUCUUUGGAUUAACACGAUGUGUACUUUUGAUAAAGAUUCAUGCAGUGUGUACAUACAUAAAUGAUUGUGCCUUUCUGCUAUUGUGCAUAUAAAUGCAUUACAUUGUUUUAAUAUGAGACCCAACAAGCAUGAACAACCACUUGAGUACUGUAGAGAAAUCAUUUAUAUUUGCGAGGGCCAUUUUUCGUGGUUUAUGGGAUUUUUGCUUAUUUGAAGGGAUGUAAUUUUGUAGAUGUGCCGGUUUUCAGUUAUAGUAAGAAAACAAACAUAAUAAAAAUUUGUUUUUGUUGUGGAUGUAAAUUUGUGGAGGCUACCCACAAAAGCCACAAAAAUUAAGCCACCACAAAUUUUACUGAUUACACAGUAUUCAAUAUAAUCCCUGUAUAAUUAUCCAAAGAAGGCAAAAUAGAUCGUAA